AUGAGUAAAUUCAAGAACACCACCCCAACUAAACGUUCUAAGCAAACAAUUUCAGAAAGUACAAUGUCCAUUGACGAAGAGGCCACCACUACUAAUACUCCAAUAGUCUACGUGGAGGAGGACGUACAAAUGCUCGUUAACGAAGGAAAUACAUUAAAAAUGGAGAAACCAAAUUUUGCACCUCUAAGAGCUCGCGACUUGAAGGGCACCAAACGACAAAUGCAAAAAAUCUCAGUUCCACCCAACAGAUACACUCCAUUGAAAAAAUUAUGGUCAAAAGUUUACGAGCCAUUAGUGGAACACUUGAAUUUGCAAGUGCGAAUGAAUACAAAGAGUCAUUGCGUGGAGCUGAGGACAUCGCACCAUACCAAUGAAACAGGCGCCCUACAAAAAGGUGUCGAUUUUGUAAAAGCUUUUAUGCUUGGUUUUGAUAUAGAUGACGCUACAGCCAUUAUCCGUUUAGAUGACCUUUACAUCGAUUCUUUUGAAAUAAAAGAUGUCAAGAAUCUUCAAGGGGAUCAUUUAUCUCGUGCUAUUGGUCGUAUAGCAGGCAAAGAUGGAAAAGUUAAAUUCACAAUAGAGAACACAUCAAAGACGAGAAUAGUUUUAGCAGAUACAAAAAUUCACAUCCUAGGAACAUUCCAAAACAUAAAAAUUGCGCGUGACGCCAUAGUCUCCCUAAUACUGGGCAGUCCGCCUGGAAAAGUUUAUGCGAAUCUGAGAACUAUCAGUUCGCGCAUGAAAGAAAGAUUUUAG